AUGGCAUUCCGAUCUUGUACAUCUCCCUACUUCUUGCUCCUCAUCCUCAUCGCCCUCUUCGUCCUCUUGGACACUUUCUCGCACGUCGAAGCUCUCCCGACCCGAAAGCGCGCCGUUCCACAGGACAUCGCCUCUGCCCCUGCCUCAUCAUCGUCAUCGUCGUCGUCAACAAAUCUCCGUCAACGGACCCGCCACCGCGCUGCGAAAGAGCCCACGAAAUCAGCGCCAAGAAGAAAAAAGAACGCGGUGGUGAGGAGGAACCCGUUCCUGAUCCAGAACCUCGAAGGGGGCGGACAUGAUGCGACACAUUCAGAUUUGGUGCGAGCAUUGGGGGUCGUGUCUCAACCUGUCAUGGUGGAGAGACAGAAGAAGAGGCAGGAGACCAAGGCGAGAAAGGCCUAG